UUUAAAAAAUGGGCAGUUUGACCGAUGCCCAGAUCGAAGAGAUCCGAGAAGCAUUCAGUCUGUAUGACACGGGAAAGUCAGGAUGGGUUUCCGUCCGACAGCUCGGCGGAGUAAUGCGGGCCCUUGGAGAGAGUCUCACCGAGGCAGAGAUUUAUGAACUGGCAAACGAAAGCGACGUGGACUUUGGUGGCCAGGUACAGUUCAAGGACUUCCUAUACGUGAUGGCCAAGCGACUGGAGGAGCAGAACAGUCUGGUGUGCCUGAAGCAGGCCUUUAAGAUCUUUGAUCGGAACGAAGUGAACAGCUUUACGAUUAACGAAAUCAGAAUGGUGAUGACCAACCUGGGCGAGAAGAUGUCCGAAGAUGAUUUGCGCGAGUUAUUCCAGGACAUUGAUCUGGAUAAAGAUGGAAAGAUCUCCUUCAACGAAUUUGUUGCCGCCAUGCGAAGCUAGGAAAAAAUCGAAGUCACAAACUAACCACGAACCCCUUUCGAAGGAGCCUAUCCCAGUCGCGUUUUCUAUACGCCUAGGCGGCACCACUUAAAAUUCCCACCAAAUUCCUUUAUGUUCUUCAGCACAGCGCCAGAAAGUCGGCAGUUAAACCUUGUCCCAAGAAGUCCAGUUGUGUGUGUCCAUGUAGCACGGCGCGUGACUCCGAAACGGUCGCAUGUGCCUAAUGGCCGCUGGGGAGUGCCAGGCUAUUCGAAAGGGUGAUGGCGAUGGGCCAGAGCAAUCAUAAAAACGAGCCACGCUGAUUACGAUGCCAAUUUAAAUAUUUGACCAUGCACUGGACUCGCUGGUUUCCUUUUGGUUUGACCAACAUUACAAGUGGAAUGAUUUUGGGUUCAAGUCUUAUCGCAGCUAGCUCUUUAAAUUACCUUGAUAUCUAUUGCCAUUCUUAAUACGCAUACAACAUAAAUUGUUCAUGACUCAUUUGGCAACUUUAAGA